GUCUAUAUCUACACAGGCGGCUCUUCUUCGACUUGUAAGAGAAACACAGAGAUUGUGAGAAUUCGUCCAGACGUGAAGAUGUUGGCUGUUGUGGUUGUUUUAUUCCUGGUGGCUGGCUUAAGUGACAGUAAGAUUUUGAGCAAAUGUGAGCUGAAGCAGCAGCUUGAAACGGGCCUUAGUCUGCCAUCUACCAAUUCCGCAGACAUGCUGGCACAGAUUGUGUGUCAUGUCCAGAACAGCUCUAGCUUCAAUACCAGCGCCAUUAAGACGAUCCCUGAGCCAGAAGAGCCCCAUGGUAAUCACGGUUCUCGUCAUCGUAGGUCUCCCGGAGGAAAAAAAAAAGGCCAUCCCUCCAGUAGUGAAAGUGUCGAGAACAAAAGUGAGGUCUGGACCCUGUACGGCUUGUUCCAGCUUAGUGACCACGUGGUGUGCAACUCUACCCAGAGUCGUGCGCUGAACCUCUGUGGGCUGACGUGCACCAAGCUGAUUGACGAUAACAUCAGUGAUGACAUAAACUGUGUCCAAACCCUUAUAAAUGCAGUAACCGCGCAGAUUCCUGACCCCAAUAUUGUCAAACACAUCAGGGAAAUGAUCUCGUUGAUCUACCAGCCAGAGUGUAACAUGGUGAAGGCCACUUCAUAUUUUGCCGACUGCUAAAAACCCUGAAUUCAAGACUUCUCGACUCCUGACCUCUUGUAGACCCCCCUGCUUUACUUUUGCAUUUAUAUUCGUAGCUUUCUUGCCGGACAACAAAAUCCUAGCACAGGUAGCUUGUGUGUCUUGUACUAAAUGAGUCAUUAAAACGUUUGAAAAGCAGUGUUGUGCUCAUGAAUGUCAUUAAGGCCCAUGUCUGACAUUGAACAUUUCAUGUUGAAUGUUUAUGUUCAUUUUAUUGCCAAGGACAAUCCAAAUCGCAUGGAAUGCAAAGACGUAAAGAUAAGCAAGCUAAGAUAUUU